AAUGGGAAAAUUUUUUCACCUAUUUUAUAGACAAGAGGCAAUUUCCCUAAUAUUGAAAGAGCACCUAGAAAAAAAAAAAAGAGGAAGAAUAAAAGAAAGAAAAAGCAAAAAAGAAAGAAAAACAGGCAUCAGGAUGUUGGGCUGGGUCCAGAGGGUGCUGCCCCAGCCCCCAGGCACCCCCCAGAAGACCAAGAUGAAGGAAGAGGAAGAGGCAGAGCCAGAGCUGGAGCCAGUAGUGGAGCCGAAGAUAGAACCAGAGCCGCAGCCUGAAACAGCCCCCAAGGAGCCUGAGCCAGAGGUCAAGUCCAUGCCUCCUGAAGAGACACACAAAGACGAGGAAGUGGCUGUGGCUGACCCAAGCCCUCAGGAGACCCAGGAGACUGUCCCUGUUCCACCCACAUCCAUCCAGGCCCAGGUCACUGUGGCUCCAGAAGUAGACAGUCCCAGAGGCUGGGUGAUGAGCUGGUUCAGGAAAGGCAUGGAGAAGGUUGUCCCACAGCCCGUCUUCAGCAAGGAGGACCCAGCUCAGGUCCUUGGGCACUGCAGCACUGAGGAUGAAGGUAUACCCAACGAGGACAGUGGGUCUGGGCCAUGGCUGGUCAGGUGGCUGGAACAGAACCUGGAGAAGGUACUGCCUCAGCCCCCGAAAAAUGCUGAGGACUGGAGAGAUGAGCCCACAGAUGCUCCCUUGGGCCCAGGAAGCCCCGCUGGGACACCUUUAGCUCCUCGCUCUCCCCACUGCUUAGCACCUCCAGAAUCAGCCCCAGAAAUGGAACCCACACCCAAGGCCCUGGAGAGCCCCUCUCUGCCCACUCCUGGCCCCCAAGAGCCCCAGGAGGAGCCAGCUCUAGAGCCCCAGUCUGGGUCCUCCCUGCUGCCUCCCAGGGACCCUGCCAGGUUGGUUGCUUGGGUCCUACACAGGCUGGAGAUGGCCCUGCCACAGCCAGUACUCCAUGGGAAAGUAGGAGAGCAGGAGCCAGACUGCCCUGGGACGUGUGAAGUGCAGACCAUCAGCAUCCUCCCUGGAGGGCAAGUGGAGCCUGACCUCAUCCUAGAGGAGGUUGACCCUGACUGGGAGGAAACCCACCAGAGUGACAACGACAUCCCAGUGGAAACAGCAGUGGUUCUGGUUUACGAAGAAGAGAACGAAGCUGUGGAGGAGAUGCCCAGGGAGCUGCCCCGGAUUGAAGAGGAGGAAGAAGAUAAGGAGGAAGAAGAGGUAGAGAAUAAGGAAGAAGAUGGAGAGGAGGAGGAAGAGGGUGGAGAGAAGGAGGAAGAAGACGUAGAGAACAAGGAAGAUGGAGAGAAGGAGGAAGAGAGCCUGGCACUUAGCAGGGAUCAAGAAACUUCUAACACACCUAACUCCAGUUCUUUUCUCCUGCCCCCUGGUGGUCACAGAGUCCUGCUGGAUAGCUGUUUGGUGGAGCAGGUGUGCGUGGACCAGAGCUCAGUAGAGGAGACUCAGUCCCUGGAGGCCUCGAGUCAGGAGGUGCUGGAGGAGGCUGAGCUUGCGGCUGAGGCUGAGUACAAAGCCAAGGUUGAGUCUGAGUCAGAGGCUGCCAGCUCAGAAGUUCCUGCCACAGAAGAGCACCCAGAAGUGCAGGUGGAAGAUACCGAUGCUGAUAGUCGCCCCCUAGUGUUGGAGGAGAAUCCACCCUUGCCUGAGCUGCAGCCACCGUCUCCUGCCAAAUCUGAUACCCUUGAGGUCCCAGGCUCAGCCUCCGGGACAUACAGGAAUAAGCUGCCCUCUCAGGAUGAAGAGGCUGAAGAGCUCAAGGUGCUGUCACCAGCUGAGUCCCCAGUGGUUGCCUGGUCGGACCCCACCACCCCACAAGACACUGAUGGCAAGGAUCGUGCAGUCUCCACGGCCAGCCAUAAUAGCGCCAUUAUCAAUGACCGGCUCCAGGAGUUGGUGAAGCUCUUCAAAGAGCGGACAGAGAAAGUGAAGGAGAAACUUAUCGACCCUGAUGUCACCUCUGACGAGGAGAGCCCCGCACCCACCCCAGCCAAGAAAGCCCCAGAGCCACCUCCAGACACGAAGCCCCCUGAAGCAGAGCAGGCCGAGGAGGAGCACUAUUGUGACAUGCUCUGCUGCAAGUUCAAGCGGCGGCCCUGGAAGAUGUAUCAGUUUCCCCAGAGCAUCGAUCCGCUAACCAACCUGAUGUAUGUGCUGUGGCUGUUCUUCGUGGUGUUGGCCUGGAACUGGAACUUAUGGCUGAUCCCUGUGCGCUGGGCCUUCCCCUACCAGACGCCAGACAACAUCCACCUCUGGCUGCUGAUGGAUUACGUGUGUGACCUCAUCUACUUCCUGGACAUCACCUUGUUCCAGAUGCGCCUGCAGUUCGUCAGAGGCGGGGACAUCAUUACGGACAAAAAGGACAUGCGAAAUAACUACCUGAAAUCUCAGCGCUUUAAGAUGGACGCACUGAGUCUCCUGCCCUUGGAUUUUCUCUACUUGAAGUUGGGCGUGAACCCCCUCCUUCGUUUGCCCCGGUGUUUAAAGUACAUGGUCUUCUCCGAGUUUAACAACCGCCUGGAAUCCGUGCUCAGCAAGGCCUACAUUUACAGGGUCAUCAGGACCACAGCCUACCUCCUCUACAGCUUGCAUCUGAAUUCCUGUCUUUAUUACUGGGCCUCGGACUACGAGGGCAUCGGCUCCACUCACUGGGUUUAUGAUGGUGUGGGAAACAGUUACAUUCGCUGUUACUACUGGGCUGUGAAGACCCUCAUCACCAUUGGUGGGUUGCCAGACCCCAGGACGAUCUUUGAAAUCGUCUUCCAGCUGCUGAACUAUUUCACGGGUGUCUUUGCUUUCUCUGUGAUGAUCGGACAGAUGAGAGACGUGGUGGGGGCCGCCACCGCGGGACAGACCUACUACCGCAGCUGCAUGGACAGCACAGUGAAGUACAUGAAUUUCUACAAGAUCCCCAAGUCCGUGCAGAACCGUGUCAAGACCUGGUACGAGUACACCUGGCAGUCACAAGGCAUGCUGGAUGAGUCUGAGUUGAUGGUGCAGCUUCCAGACAAGAUGCGGCUGGACCUUGCCAUUGAUGUGAACUACAACAUUGUGAGCAAGGUGGCGCUCUUUCAGGGCUGUGACCGGCAGAUGAUCUUUGACAUGCUGAAGAGGCUUCGCUCUGUUGUCUACUUGCCCAACGACUACGUGUGCAAGAAGGGGGAGAUCGGGCGUGAAAUGUACAUCAUCCAAGCAGGGCAGGUGCAGGUUUUGGGAGGCCCCGAUGGGAAGGCUGUGCUGGUGACCCUAAAAGCUGGAUCUGUGUUUGGAGAGAUAAGCUUGCUGGCUGUUGGGGGAGGGAACCGGCGCACGGCCAACGUGGUGGCCCACGGGUUUACCAACCUGUUCAUUCUGGACAAGAAGGACCUGAAUGAAAUUUUGGUGCAUUAUCCUGAGUCUCAGAAGUUACUCCGGAAGAAGGCCAGGCGCAUGCUGAGAAGUAACAACAAACCCAAGGAGGAGAAGAGCGUGCUCAUCCUUCCACCCCGGGCCGGCACCCCUAAGCUCUUCAAUGCCGCCCUCGCUGCCACAGGAAAGAUGGGUGGCAGGGGGGCGAAGGGAGGCCAGCUCGCCCACCUCAGAGCUCGGCUGAAAGAACUGGCCAUGCUGGAGGCGGCCGCCAGACAGCAGGAGCUGCUGGAACAGGCCAAGAAAUCUCAGGAGGCCGCUGGAGAGGCCGGCGCCGCCGCCCCGGACCAGCCUGCGCCCCCAGCGCCGGAGGAGCCCCUGGAUCCUCCAGCUCAACGCUCUCCACCACCUGUGUCUCCUGGGAGUCCCAAGGGAGGUACAGAGGAGUCCGCCAGGCCCGGGGAGCAGUCGGUGCGGAUCCACAUGAGCCCGGGCCCCGAGCCGGACGAGCAGAUCCUGUCGGUGGAGGUGCCCCAGGAGGGGCAGGAGGAGGCAGAGUGAGGCAGCCCGCAGCCCUGGCUGCAGUGGCUCGCGGUCAACCACCGUCCACACACCUGUCCAGACAUCAGCUUCUCCUUUUCUCGGGGCUGGUCAUGAGAUCAGCAUAUUUCAUCAAAUGUUCUUGCCCCUAAGUUCUCACUUGAGAAUCCCACCUUCCCCUGACUGUUACUGUUGUUUAAGAACAAAACUCUCUUUCUUCCACUUUUACAGUUCGUAGGCAGGGAUGGGACAGA